AUGUCCUCCACACCACCCACCCCCCUACCCACUCUCUGGCUCUUACCCCCUCCCUCCCUCCUCCCCUCCCCACAUCACCCUGCCAUCGAACCCGCAUCCCUCGCCAUCAGCGCCCUCCUCGGUUCCCUCGCCCUCGUCUUCAUAACAACCUUCCUCAUCAGGAACCCUCAUAAAAGAAAUUUCCUGGACGGCACAAGCGGAACGCCGGAGGAGGAGCAAGCAGAAAAGCAGCUUACUAUCAGUGGUCCUCUGGGUACUGUGCUAAGAAGGAAUGGGAAUGGGAAUGAUGGGAAUGAUGGGAAUGAGGGGAAUGAGGGGACGGGGCACCUGAUACCGAGGUUGUGGUCGGGGUUCUCGAGCUCGAAUGAGGAGAUUGGACGGGUUGGGCAGGGGGUAGAGAGGAGGAGGGUGGUUGAGCUUAAUAAUAUGCCAGCGAGGAUGCCGGAUACAAGUCAUAACGGUAUGACAGCGUACCCGCCUUAUCCGGUGGAACUAGACAUUCUCCCACGCUCACCCCAGAGCAUCCAUCAUCGUUAUCCGGAUACGUACGCUGGACGCCCAAUACCACCACCACCGCCACCUCCCAAAAUCCCAAUCCUACUCCCCCAACGGAAUCCCAACCUCAACACCUACAACACCCCCAUCAACCCCAUCAACCCCAUCAACCCCAUCAACAACAGGAACCAAAACGGCGGAAGUUCGCGUCCCCCUCCCCUACGCCCCGCCCCCCGCAACCCACGCUACUCCUUCGGCGACGACGACACGACCGUUGUAGGCGACAAAGCAGACGUCGAGACUCUGCGGAGUGAUUUGAGUUUUCCGGAUACGGAUUCGGAUAGGGGUUCGGAUAGUGCGAGUUAUGAGGAGGGGAGGUGGAAGGGUGGGGAUGUGGAUGGGAGGGGGAUGGGGUUGGUGG